AUGGAUGAUGAAAGUGGAGCAAAUAUUGUAACGACCAGGCCACAUCAUAAAAGAGCACCAAGCAUCAAUUCACAGCUGUUUGUGGUUGGCGGUGGCUCGACAGGAGUGACGUCUGCGCAAGGAUCUGGCGAUGAUGACCUGGAAUCGGCGUCGUCUUAUGGCGCUCUGAGUGAUUUGGGAUCAGAGCUAGGAAGUGAACAAUUGUCAAGCUUCGAUGCCGCAGAAUACUUAUAUCGAUCGUUACGUGAUGCGGUAGGCAAUAAUCAAAGCAUGUUGGACAGGGCGUUAGUGACGCAAGCACAAAACUCUGGUAUUCUUAAAGCAAAAUCGGUAGAGUUGCAGAAUCUUGGGUCUGAGCUCAGCUCUAAGCUUGAGAAACUCCGAAACCACAUUCAUGGCUCAACACAGGGAUCAGUACCUGGGGGAACGGCAGUGUCCUUCCAUGAGUUAUUUGGAAGAUGCCAAAAGAAUCUACUCUGGUGCGAGAAGCAUCUUGCAUCGCUUCAACAACACGUCAAUGAUGAAUAUCCUAUUGAAUAUACCGAGGCACAGGAUCAAGUUAUGUCACGUACAAGGUUCACGGCUACGGACUCUGUUGAUUUGGAAAUAAUGCAAAAAGAUUGA